AUGGUCCCUCCUCAGACUCAAUUUCAGCUGGCUUCAUCUGGGCCUUUCUACGUUAUUCUUGGAGGAUACUAUCCGGGCAUCAAGACCUCAGAGGUUUCAAUGUCGGGAGGGAGGUUCACGCCACCAUUGCCAGUCAUGGUGAAAUGCAACACUAUCGAGCAGGCGAGGGAUGUUGAUCAUCUGAAUGAGGAACUCAAGGAGCUUCGGACUGCACAUAAUGAGACUGAGCACGCAGUAGAAAUCAUCAUGCAUUCUACAAUCGCCCGCACGAUCUUGCCCAAUGUGCGCGCAUACUAUUGCAUAGUCUAUGGGCAUGUCUCCAGUAUAUAUCUCACAGUUGACGAAAUGCGCAUCCAAACGAACGGUCUUCCCAAGGCUAUUUUCAAGAAGAUUACAGGGGAGAACCAUGCACCUGCAUUCCAACAGGCACUCAAGUACAUGCUCAUGAAAGGUGCUCGCAACAAUCAUGAGAUGCGACAGAAAUCGGAGGUUAGGGGGCUCAGUGGAGGUGUCGAUGAAGGUGACUUACAGGAGAGGUUUCAGACGGUCUUAAUGAUGCACGGCGAUACUGCGACAGCCACUGCUCAGUGUCCACAGACUCCGACCCGAGUGGCUGGCCUCACAUGGUUGCAGACAUUGAACACACCUAGCAACAUAUGCAUGCAAGCAAUGCGAGCCCCCAAACCCAUGCGAGUCACUACGCCAAGCAGGCAGCCAAUGAGUGCAACAUCUGGCAUGAUGUAUGAUGCAUCUCGUCAUGUACACAUCAAGAAUGGUCCCCCUUCUGCACCUUCCAUCUGCACAGAUGCCCUUACAGAAGCUCCUUUGCCUGCAUAUGUGUAUCAGCAUGUAUGGACAUUGGCUGGUAUCAGACAGACCCUUCAAGAGUCGUAUGAUGAUCCAACACCUACGCUGUCUGUCGGCAAGAUCAGUGACGAUUAUGUUCAUGCACAUGGGUAUACUCACUAUCAGAAGGGUAAGAAGAAAGCCCCUGCCGAGAAGGCCAUAGAGGCAGCCAAACGCGACAGCAGGAAGAAAGCUGUUGCAGAUGCUGUCGACACAGCCCAAUCUCAUGUGAGGGAACAAGCUGAGUCCUUGCACAACGAGCUACAAGACCACAGUGCCGAGUAUUAUCGCCAGGGACUCGUUCAACUCACAUGCGUUGCGAACUCAGAACGCAGAGUCAACCCGUGGAACACAUUUAUCAAAGAUGAGCUGAACAAGGCAAACACUGCAUUACCUGAAGGCGCGCAGCAUUACAAGUCAAACAACCUACUGCCUGGCACCAAGGAGAAGUGGGACACCAUGUCCCUCGAAGAGCGUACCGAAUAUACCAAACCAUUGGUUGAGAAGCUGAACGAGACUCGGGAGAUGCGCAAGCUGAGCGCGCACAACAUUCCCAUCAACGCAUUUCACGAUGUGCGUAGUAAUCUCGCUAGCAUCGAACACCAGCUGCAAGCCCUCAAUGCUCGCACAGGCACAGAAGUCGUGCUUAUCGCCGUGUGA